AUGAUGUCUGCAAAACCCAGCAGCUGCUUGGCAGUCUUGUUUACAGUGUGGGUCACACUGGUGUCGUUUGUUUCGGCAGAUCUGGCUCUUGGAGAUACUCUGAGUACAUACGAUGCUCUUACUGACAAGAUCUCGCUGACUUGGAAAGAUGACGGCACGUCACCACCUCUGGAUAACUUCAAAACCAUCAAAGUUCUGCUUUGUACAGGUCCCAACUCCAAUAUCGACUGUUUCGUGACGCUGGCUGGUCCCACUAAUCUGAACACUCUCACUGGAGACACAUUAUCGGUUCCUCUGACAUCAGCUGCUACUUUGGGUAAUGACGGUUCGUACUAUCUACAAGUCGUGGCCCUGGUGUCUAAUUCACAGUUCUCUAUCCACUAUUCAGAUAGAUUCCAGCUCACUGGAAUGAGUGGUACUACUGUUCAAGCCUCGACUGGCGGAGACACGUCUCCACCACCCGCUGCUCCUGCUGCAGGCAACGGUGCAGGGGCUCCAGCUGACCCCGGAGCGGCAGCUUCACUUGCUAAAACUCCUUACGAAAGCCAAACUGGAACAGCUUGGAUCACAAGAUACGCUCCCAUGCAACUUCAACCAGGAACCUCUGUCACUGCCAAGCUGACUCCCAGUCCCCGAUUCCCGACCUCAGCUGUCACAUACUUUGUGACUGCUCGUCCAUCCCCAUCUGUUCACUCAACCAUUACCAUGGGCUGGUCAUACGUAUUCUCUUCAUUGACCAACUACGCUACUCCCAUGCCCACCCCGACCCUCUACUACCAAGCCAGCCAGGUCAUUGCCAGCUCUAUCGAAGCAGUCUCGAGGUCCAAAGCCAAGCGCUGGAUGGACUAA